GUGGUGGUGGGUUACCCGAGUUGAAGUAGGUAGUAGAACGGUUCGUUUAAGGGUCCAAUUAACCAACACAUUUGAUUCACGCGACGCCCAUAACCAUAACACUCCGAUUCAACUCAACUCUCUCUGCUCCUUCACGCAGCCACACACCACUUCCUCCAUCUCCCAUUCUUCCUCUCCUUUUCAACAAAGAUCCAAAUGCCUUCAGCUUCCUAAACACGCAAACCAAUGGCAGAAACCGUAGUUUUCUUCGUCGCCGCCGCCGCCGCCGCUGCCGGAGAACCUCCUCUCUCACGGUUCUUCAAUCGAACCUUUCUCUCCGUCAAGCAGCACCUCCUCGCUCACAUUUUCCGCCUCCAAAACGACGCCGUCGCACCUGCCAGGAUUUGCCGUGACGUGGAUGCGGCCUUUGGGAAAAAAUGCGAAGUGAACGCCGGAGAUUGUUCGCCAAACGACAGGGGUUUUGGCGCCGACGACAAUGGCCGGCACGCCGUUUUCAAUGCGCUGGAUACUAUGCUUAAGGACAGUUUAGAGCGUCUGAAGAUAAUGAGGGAAAACCUAUGUUUGGUAAAGAUAGGUCUAACUAUGGGAUAUGCACGUGAAUCUAAGUAUGCUGAAAAUACAGCCACUAUUAGGUCUUUGUGCUUGGAUGGUAAGUUGGGAGCAGCUUUUUGGCUUCAGAGAAAAAUGGUGCAGAAAGGUGUUGUUCCUGAUGCGUUUACCCACAACCAUAUUGUAAAUGGGCUGUGCAAAAUUGGUCUUCUGGAGAAGGCAGAUUGGGUUGUUAAAGAGAUGUUAGAAUUUGGUCCUCGUCCCAACUGUGCCACUUAUAACACUUUGAUUAAGGGCUAUUGUGCUGUUAAUAGUGUGGAUAAGGCUUUGUAUCUGUUCUCCGCCAUGGCCAAUGCUGGGAUUCUGCCAAACAGGGUUACUUGUAACGUGCUGGUGCAUGCACUGUGUGAGAAAGGUUUUGUGAAGGAAGCUAAAAGGAUGCUUGAAGCAAUAUUAAAGGAUAAUGACGAGAAAGAUAUACCCGAUUUAGUUACCUCUACUAUAUUUAUGGAUAGUUACUUUAAGAAUGGAGCCAUUGUUCAGGCUCUUAGUCAUUGGAGUCACAUGCUUCAAAAUUGUACUAAAGUUGAUGUUGUAGCUUAUAAUGUUCUUAUCAAUGGAUUUUGCAAGAGUCUACAAAUGCACCUUGCCUAUGGAUAUGCAUGUGAGAUGUUUAAGAAAGGUUUGCUUCCUGAUGUUUUUACUUAUAAUAUUCUCAUUGGUGCUCUUUGUAAGGAAGGCAAAAUUAGCGAGGCUUGCUAUACCCUUGGUGUUAUGUCAAAUAUGGGGAUUAUGCCUGAUCAAAUAACUUACCAGACUGUGAUUCGAGGCCUGUGUUUUGAUGGAGAGAUUGUUAGAGCAAAAAACUUGCUUUCGUGUAUGUUGAACAAUUUAAUGGUGCCCAAGCCUUUAAUAUGGAACCUAAUAAUUGACUUAUAUGGGAGAUAUAAUGAUCUUAGUAAUGCAUUUUUAACAAGAGAUCAGAUGCUGGCUUUUGGCGUUCUCCCAAAUGUAUUUACUUAUAAUGCUUUAAUCCUUGCACAAGUAAAGAGUGAAAAUUUCUAUGGUGCUUGCUCUCUGAAGGAAGAGAUGAUAUCAAAAGGUCUCUGUCCUGAUGUAGUUACGUAUAAUUUGUUGAUAGGUGCUGCUUGUAAUUUAGGUCGUCCUGAUUUUGCACUUCAAUUACAUAAGGAGAUGGUGCAGAGGGGGUAUGAACCAGAUUCAAUAACUUUAACAGAACUUGUUAGGGGGUUCUGUAUUAGAAGUAACAUGAAAGAGGCAGAAGAGCUCUAUGCCAAAAUACUAAAAUCUGGUUUAUUGAAUGAUCAUGUUCCAGUGCAGAUCCUUUUUAAUAAGUUCUGCAAAUUGGAGGAACCAGUUAGAGCAUUUAACAUCUAUCAAGACUUGUUGGAAAGUAAAAAAGCUAGUCGUCCUUACUAAAUUCCACAAUAUGGCUUUAGACAUCAUGAAGUUGCAAGUUCUGGAAAAAGAGAGCCACAUUUGCUUUAAAGGCACUUGUUAUUUCUACUGAAAUUCAGACUUCCAUUGAAAUGUCGGCAGUGGUUCAUAUGAGUAAUGAAUGCUCCAGGUCUUUUAUGGGAUUGCAACAUACUUCCAUACUCCAGAAGAUGUCAUCAGCAGAUACAAGUAAAAGUGUAAAACAAGUUCAGGGCUUGUUAUGCUUCUACUCAGUAGAAGGAGCAGUUGGAAGAAGUGUUGCUUCUCUAGUUGGAGGUUAUCAUGACAGAUGUCCAAAAGUGUACCAUUGUCUUGGGCCGAGUGUGGCUAACAGAAAACCUGGGGAAUUAUAAGCACUGCUGCUGUGGUUCAUACUUCGUAAUGUUGAAGGAUUCAAACUGCAAAUUUAGGUGGGUGUGCUAACCAUUUUAUUGUUAGUUAGUGUUUGUAAAUGUUAAUGGCGAAGUCUAGUUUAGCUAGCAUAUUUACUAGUGAUUUUAAUUGGUGGAUAAAUAAAUAGGAUACAUGGAUUGAAAUGUAGCUUUAUCUUUACUUUGUAUUUGAAAAUUUAAAAGAAUUUAGUUGCAGCCACAACCACAACGGAUUGUGUCACCGUAGGAAAUAUGACAGCCAGGGCAUAUUUUUAAGAGGCUGAUAAUUUAUUCAUCUUGUCAAUGUAAAAUGUUGGAAUGUUGAGGCGAAAUGUCUAUGCUUCAGCUACGUUUGAUUGAGAAAUGUAUACGCACAUAAAAAUUGAAACCCGUCAGAAAUGUAAAUUGGCGUUGCGGAUUGUGA